UGACAUAGUUAAAUUACUUCUGAAUAAAGAUUAUUCUCCCGAUGAUAAUCAAACACCAACGCAGCAACCAGUGAAUUAUCGAAGAGGACCACGUUCUAAAGCUCGAAAAGGAAAAUUUUUUCUUGGUGUUACUACAAAUGAUACUACUACUGAUACAGAUGAAGCAUCAAAUGAUAAGACAUCAAAAAAAUUUCAACGAACAUCAUUAGUUAAUUUAAAUGCAACUGAUAUUCAUGGUCGUACAUGUAUUCAUCAUUUAAUUCAACCAUUUCCUGAUGGUUCAUAUACAAAUAAUAUUGAUUUACUUCGUUUAUUACAUUCUUGUGGUGCUUCAUUGACAACGACUGAUCUUUCUGGUUUAACACCAUUAGACUAUAGUAUUAAAAAUAACUGUCAACAUUUAUAUGAUGAAUUAACAAAAUUAAUUCGUAAUAAAACAAGUUCAAUUAAAACGACAAAAGAAAAAUUUUCUAUAAAUGAUCCAAAUAAAAAACUUUUAGAUAAAAUAGAUUUUUAUAAUGAUGCUCAAAAUUUAAUUAAUGAAUAUAUUUCAAAUCAUCCAACAAAUAAAUCUAAUAAUAUUGAAUAUAAAGUCGAUCGAUUAUCUGGUAUGAGUUUAACAGGUGAAAUUUUAAUUGAUACAGAUAAAAAUGAACCAUAUGAUGUACGUCUAACAAAAACUGAUGUUAAUUAUGGUACAUAUGGAUUAUAUAAUUUUUAUCGUAUGCAAAUUAUUAAACAUAAAAGUAAAAAUAAUUUAUACUUUUUAUUUACACGUUGGGGUCGAAUUGGUAAUGAUGAAGGUCAACAUCAAUUAACGCCCUAUUCAACAUUUGAUGAAUGUCGAAAAGAAUUUUUAAAAGUUUUUCGUGAAAAAACGGGAAAUUCAUGGAAAGAUACAGAUCAAUUUCAAACAAAACCAAAAAAAUAUUCAUUAGUACGAUUAAAUGAACGUGAAAUGAAAAAAUAUUCAAAUGUACCAAUUGAUUUUGAUCGAUUACUAGCUGAACAUGAACAUCCAUCAUCACAAUUACAAUCAUCUAUUUAUAAAAAUUUUAUAAGAACAUUAAUUAAUCGUCAAGCUUUUCGUAAUAAUAUACAUAAAACUCAAUUAGAUAUUGAAUGGAUGCCUGUAUCACAAUUAAAACGUGAAACAUUAGAAAAAGCACGUGAUUUAUUAAUAAAAAUAAAAGAAACAAUUGAAAAAAAGAAUAACUUUGCAACGGAAAAUCAACAUAAAAAAACAUCUGAUCAAAAAAAUGAAAUAAAAUCAAUUUUAGAAUCUAUUUAUCAAUAUACAAAUGAAUAUUAUACAUUAAUACCACAAAAUGGUUAUUCUGAUGAAAAAUUAGCUGUAAUUGAUAAUGAAGAUUUAUUAAAAGCACAAGAAAAAAUACUUGAUGAUUUAUUUGAACUUGAAUUAUCAUAUAAAAUUUUAUUAGGUGCACAAGCAAAUUUAAAAUCUAUUUCACCAUUAGAUUAUUUAUAUAAAUCAAUGAAUUGUCAAUUUCAAGGUUUAAACAAAGAUGAUAUUGAUUCUCAACUCAUCUUACGUUACAUAUGGACUAGUGCACCUGAUAUACAAAUAGAACAAAUAUUUAAAAUUGCACGACCAAAUGAAGAUGAACGAUUGACGAAAUGUAAUUUAAAUAAUCAUUAUUUAUUAUGGCAUGGAACUGGUAUUUGUAAUUUGAUUAGUAUACUUACUCGAGGACUUCUCGGUGGAUCUUUGACAGCAAGAGCAACUGGAAGUUUAUUUGGAACAGGAAUUUAUACCGCUGAUACAUUUGCAAAGAGUCUUGGUUAUUGUUCCGGUGUUAAACAAAAUGAUGGUGAACGAUGUUUUAUGCUGUUAUGUGAAGUUGCUUUAGGUAAUAUUAAAGAAGUUGGUAUACAACGAAAUAAUGAUGAAGAAGAAGAGGACGACGAUGAUGAUGAUGAUAAACCACUCGAUUUAAAAAAAUUUCAAAGUCGAAAAGGUGUCGGUCGACGUAUACCUGAUCCAAAACAUACGAUUACUCGAAAUUAUGGUGUACAAAUACCACUAGGUCAAUUAAUUGAUAAUAAAGAUUUUGGUGGAAAUUAUUAUGGUCUUAAUUAUAAUGAAUUUAUAGUUUAUGAUGAAGCACAAGUUGCUCUUCGUUAUCUUGUACAAUUUCGUCGUUAG